UGGUAUAAGGGGGAGGAAUAUUGCCCCGUCAUUGGUGUCAGUGGAAGGAAUAGACUUCUAUUGUUUGGAUCAGUGGGACGAAUAGUACCCUAUCAUUGGUGUCAGUGGGAGGAAUGGUGUUUCAUUGUUGGUGUCAGUGGGAGAUAUGGUGCCCCAUUGUUGAUGUCAUUGGAGGAAUAGUACUACAUCACUGGUGUCAGUGGGAGGAAUAGUGCCCCAUCAUUGGUGUCAGUGGGAAGAAGUGCCCCAUAAUUGGUGUCAGUAGGGGGAAUAGUGCCCCAUCAAUGGUGUCAAUGGAAGGAAUAGUGACCCAUCUUUGGUGUCAGUGGGAGGAAUAGUGCCUCAUCAUUGGUGUCAGUGGGAGGAAUUG